ACCAUUCUCUAUUAUGGCUCGUGUUUUCUUCUUUCAGCUGAAUUAUGUUCGCAGCUGGAAGGGUGGAAGAAGUGAUUGAAGGAUAGGAAAAGCUGAGGUUUGUCAGGUCCAGCCUGAGAGGAGGAGUGCCCUUUUGGCUGGGGUGGAGCAUGAGCACAACCGCUGCUAGGCACCAGCAUUCAGCUCCUCUGUGUUGUCCUCCCACCCCAGAGCCCCACUUCUUCCAUGUUACAGCUCAGAUAAGUGAGACAAGCCCCCCAUGUCCCCUCGCUUUGUUUCACAGUGACCCUAGAGCAAUGCUCACCAUAUGGCUCUGGCAGGUUAGCCCUGGUCUUACCAUGUCCCCACACACAGCACUGCCACCAGCUUUGACAUUGCAAGACACUGAUGAGUGCUGGCAAGCUGAGUGGAUGGAGGGGGUUGGCCAUGCUAUGGGGGCAAACUCUGGGAUGGUAGUAGGGCUUCUUGGACGGGCAUCAGGAAAUGGCAGAGAGGGUGGACUUCCACUCCCAUUUGGGUCUGGCUGGCCUAACCCUGUCUACACGCAUGUCUGUGCUAUCCAUUGAUUCCUAACAGGCUCCCAGCUCCUGCAGCCCGUUCACAUGCUCCAUCCCAGCACCCACACUGUCCCCCUCACAGUGCUGGCUGCCACAGACAGACUAGACCCAGGGCAGGGGUAAUGGGCCCAGGUCUCUCUGGGCAUCACAUGGCUGAAAUUAAGGGUAUGAGCUUGCAGGAAGAGGGAAACAUAUUGCUGUGAGGUUGGAGGCCACCAAAAGAAAAGAGUGGGAGGGGGAGGAAGAGGAGAAGUCUCUGUACAGAGAGCAGGUGGCAUCUUUGGCAGAGGAGGGCAAGGCCAUGGCCCCAGUGCCAUACGGAGGUGUGCUGCAAGAGGUAUAUGGAUCCUGGUUCACCCUGGCCCCCUCACCCUUCGAGUGCUUGCCGCAUGGCAGUUGGUGCCUCCUGGCAGGGCUGGCCCUGAACAGCUGGACACCCGCCACCCUGGAGUGUCAGCAGCUGUCAGCCCUUGGGAGCCGCUCAGCAGGCAGUGCUCAGUGCCGGGGCUUGGAAGGGAUCCCGGAUAGGGCUUUGGUUCAUUGCUGUGCUUUUGCCAAGGGAACUGGGUGAUUGUUCACAGCUGGAGGAGCAACACCCUGCAGGGACAAUUCUGGGACCCCACUACAAGCCCUGGGCCUUUAGGGACUCAGUGCCACUCUCCUCCUUUUAGUGCAUGUCUCUCGGUAUUUGCUUCCUUUUAAAACCCCUGGUGCUGGAAUCACAUGAAUGCAUCAGGAUUUUUACCCUUCCUUCCCUGCCCCAGUGCUCUUUGUACAAGUUUGUAGCCCUUCUGCCUGGGAAGAAAAGAGGGCCUUACUCCAGCCUUAAACCUAGAAUGCAUGGAGCAGAGACCAGGCUGCAGAAGCGUAUCCAAAAAGAUCAUCACUGUGUUGAAGCCAAAUUCAUGAUGCUGGUGGGAUGGGGGCAGAUUGCAGCUGGGAGUCUGGGGCCGGCAAAGCUAGAAAUUGUCCCUUGAAGGACACAGAGAACCAGAGUGUCAUUGCCAUCACCCUCUGGGGACCCUGCAAAUGGAGAGGAGGGUUGGGAGGUGGGUGAGUGAGCCAGAGGCCUUGGUGCUGUUCUCUUCAAGCUUAGAGAAGGUUCUCUUGGAGCAGGUCAGGGCAUUGAGCCCUGUGCCAGAGAAGGAGGGGGAGGACUGGUCAGGAUCAAAGCUGCACAAAGUUACCUCAGGCUGUAAAAGGCAAUAAAACAGGAGAAACCAGGUGUCUGUGCCAGACCCUCUCUGUACAGUGCAGUGGCCGUGGAAAGGUUCUGCCGUGCUGGUGACACGAUGGGGGUGAAUUUGCAGGCUGACUUCCAGCUGUGGGGAUGGCUAGCUCUUGGGGCAGCAGCAGCGUGGCUGUGGUCUGCUGUCUCUCUGCCAUGAUCUGCCAGGGGGUGCUGGACAACAGCUUAUGGCAGGCACAAGGUGGCAGUGAGUGGGUGGUGGUCAGUUAAGGAAGAGGGGCAUGCAGCUAAGAGCAGCCCCCAUGUCUGAAUUCACAUGUCCCAUGAGGGGAUGGUUUUGCUGAGGCCACUGCCCAUUUGUGGAGGGUAGCCCCUGGGUGGAGAUGCAUGUAUUCUCCCUCCCACUUCCCUCAGUGCCUGCUCCUCAUGUGUGAGACCCUGCAACACUUCCCCAGCAGCCUGGGGGUCCCUAGCCAACUGCUGAUGCUUGUAUUCUGGACACCAGUGACCUGAGCUGGGGGCACACACCUUCCUAUAUGGGCAUGGUAACAAGAACUAAGAAGCUCUGGGGGAGAGCAGUGGGGCCGAGGGGUGCCCCCUUGCCUUCCCGGAGUUGGUGGUGCCACCCUGCUAGUGUCUGGGUCUCUUGCAGUACCUGCAGAUGAAGUGGCCACUGCUCGACGUCCCGGCUGGCGCGACACUGAAGGAUAGCCGGUCACCAUCGCCCGCACACUUGUCGAACAAGGUGCCUGUCGUCCAGCACCCACACCAUGUCCACCCACUGACGCCGCUUCUCACUUACAGCAAUGACCGCUUCUCCCCAGGCUCUCCACCUGCCCACCUCUCACCAGAGAUCGAUCCAAAGACAGGAAUCCCACGGCCACCUCACCCUUCAGAGCUGUCUCCUUACUACCCGCUGUCACCAGGGGCCGUGGGACAGAUCCCUCACCCGCUGGGCUGGCUUGUGCCACAGCAAGGACAGCCGGUGUACUCCAUCCCUGCUGGGGGGUUCCGGCAUCCCUACCCUGCCCUGGCAAUGAAUGCCUCCAUGUCCAGCCUGAUGUCCAGCAGGUUUUCCCCACACAUGGUGCCACCUCCCGCGCAUGGGCUCCACCCUUCGGGAAUCCCGCACCCUACCAUUGUCUCGCCCAUCGUGAAGCAGGAACCUGCACAGCCCAGCGUGAGCCCAGGGGGGAAUGCGAAAUCCCCAGUCACUGUGAAGAAGGAAGAGGAGAAGAAGCCCCACAUCAAGAAACCGCUCAACGCAUUCAUGCUGUACAUGAAGGAGAUGCGGGCCAAGGUGGUGGCCGAGUGCACGCUGAAAGAGAGUGCAGCCAUCAACCAGAUCCUGGGCAGACGGUGGCACUCACUGUCCCGGGAAGAACAAGCCAAGUACUACGAGCUGGCGCGGAAGGAGCGACAGCUGCAUUCUCAGCUCUACCCGACCUGGUCUGCACGGGAUAACUACGGGAAAAAGAAGAAGAGGAAGCGAGAGAAACUUGCCCAGCAGCAGACCCAGGACACCGAGAGCUCCCUGGUCUCCAAGAGCAAGAAGCCCUGCGUGCAGUACCUGCCUGUGGAGAAGCCCUGCGACAGCCCUGCCUCCUCCCACGGCAGCAUGCUGGAUUCGCCUGCCACGCCCUCAGCAGCCCUGGCCUCUCCCGCUGCCCCAGCAGCCACCCACUCUGAGCAGGCCCAGCCCCUCUCGCUCACCACCAAGCCAGAAGCCCGAGCCCAGCUUGCCCUGCACUCGGCUGCUUUCCUGUCCAGCAAGGCCUCCUCUUCCUCCUCCUCUGGCCUCAGCAGCCCCUCACCUCUCCUCUCCAGACCCAUCCCCUUUCCCUCGGUGCCCCCCACAGCCCUUCUGACCUCCCCUCCCUCCUUCUCUGCUGCCCUCCCCUCCCCACAGGCCGCCUUAGCAGUGCUGCAAGCCCAGCCUCUUUCCCUGGUCACCAAACCAGCUGACUAAAGGAGGCCUCCAGUCCUGUCCCUGUCCCGCCCCACUGUACAUUGCCGAAGCCACAAUCGAGAUGCAAACGCCGCCCAAACCGUUAUUGGUCAAUAUUUGACCCUUUUGCGAACUCUUUUAUAAGCAGACUCUGGAGGACGGGGCUUUCUGCUUGGAGCUGUUCCCAGUAGUCUAUGUAAAGACCAUUUUUAAUAAAAGAAAAGAAAAAAAAAAAAAUUAAAAAGAAAACCCACGCACCAGCCAGCCACAAGAUGCUCACAUGAGCCCAAAGCAAGUGGAGACAGCUGUUUUUCUGUUGCCCCCUCCCUGGAAGCCCUGGGCUUGGACAGAUGGAGCCUCUCUGGCGUUCUGCUGAAGGUCAUUUUGGACACCAGGCAGCGGGCACCUGGCAGCUCACAGUGUUGUCCUGAAAACAGGUCUUCUCAACAUGCCUCGGGCUUGGAGAGAGGGCCAGGGCCCCUGCCCCAGCCUGAGUGGAGCAUGCCAUGCCAGGACAACCUGCCCCUGGUUCCUCCUGUGACUGUUUCAAGGUUGGGGAGGGAGGGGAGCUGAGCCUAUGGGGGAACCUCCCAUCAUCUGUUAAUUUUCACAAAAGGAAAUAAAACUCCAGCUGCAAA